CUACCAUCAUGUCCAGUCUAUCAAAAGUCCAGCUGUACUGUGCGUGGUUUUGCCCAUUUGCUCAGAGGGCUUGGAUAGCUCUGAAUGAGAAGCAGGUUGACUAUGAGUAUAUUGAGACAGACCCUUACAAUAAAACACCUGAGUUUUUGUCAGUGUGUCCCAGAGGUUUGGUUCCUUCUGUCGUUCACAAUGGGAAACCCAUCUAUGAGUCCAUUGUACUUGUUGAGUACAUCGAUGAAGUGUGGAAGAAGGAGGUCAACCUUCUGCCAGAUGAUCCUUAUGACAGAGCCAUGGCUAAAAUCUGGGUUGACUUUAUAUCCAAAAAGAUUGUCCCAGUUUUUUAUGCCAUUCUUCAGAAACAGGACAAAGCAGGACAGGAGACAGCGAAAGAGGCUUUCAUGAAAAAUCUGGAAACACUUACAGGUGCAAUGUCCAAGCAAGGUCCAUAUUUCUUUGGCGCUAAUUUUGGGUUUGUGGACAUCAUGUUGGUGCCCUACACUUUUCGGUUACGCCUGUUGGCUCACUAUCGUGGUCUAGAAGUACCAACAAACGGCGUGUUUGAGCGUCUUCAAACAUGGAUGAAGGCUGCUCAUUCUAGAGAGUCAGUGAAGUCAACCUUACCAGAAUGGGAACGUUUAGUGGCAGUUUAUCAGAGGUAUGCUGACAAUACAGCCAAGACAGAAGUGGCUGAGGCCAUCAGAGCUGGAACCGCUUUGCCUUGAGUAAAAAUUGGGUUUGUUGUUGUUCGGUUUUGGGUUUUUUCAUUUUAAUUAAUUUUUCUUUUGUUAUUGUAUCAUGCAAACAGAAUGUUGUCUUGAGGUGAGGGAUGUAGCCAGAGUUAGUUCUUAAUCUGAGUUAAGAAGAUCGAAGAAUGUUACUUUUGCCUCUGUUUUUUACUAAAAUUAUUUUGUGAGAUUGCAAUUUGCCGCUGAAAAUCAGUGAAGAAAUCCAUUUUCUAAUUCACAGUUUGAGAUUAUACUGCUCACUGUCUGCUGUUUGUUGUGGUUAGGCUCUUUGCCAUUACAUAGAAGACAUUAGUCUGAUUUGGAGGUUCUUCAUUGGACAUUACUCUAAGAUAUUGAAUAAGCGCCGUCCCCGCUGCUCCUUUCCUUAUUCCAGAUCCCCGGUUUAGUAUUUUCCAGCUUGCCACUUCCGACAAUCACAUGAAACAUUAGUAUAUAUCUAGAUCUAGGUUUUUGUCGCAUAGCCCUGAAGCCGCCUGAAUCGAUCAAUAACCUACAUUAUGAUUAAUUUAUCAGGAUGCCCGCCCGCUUACUAGAUCUAGUGCUAGUAGAUCUAGGCCUACUCUCGGCGUGGCGCGCUCAGCACUGGCUGCGGGGUUUCCACAAACUGGCUAAACUACACAGUUCGAAAGGAAUGGCAGAAAGUGCUGGUUUCCAAGAUAAAGAUUCCAAAUCUUAUCUAUUUUAUAGACUUAAACCAUGUCCUAUUGCAUCUAAGUUUGAUAAUGGUGCAAGAUCAAGCCAUGGGUGAAAACACAAAAUUAGUGAAAAACAUUGUGUUCAGGAACUUCGUGAAUUUGAGGUAUCCUUCCGAUUUUUGUGAAUGAACUGUACUGCCUACGUCAUUGGAGCUAUUGUAGCCUACUAGUUCUACUUCUUUGCAUUACGUCCCCUUUCAAUUUUUUCUCUGAAGGAGAAAUAAAACAGAUUUGUUCCUACUAGUACAGGGGUAAAAGGUUGAAUGUGCCCCCCCCCCCCACCCCUUUAUUAAUUUUAGACCACUUGUCAACCCCGUUUUAUCCAAUACCUUACAGUAUAUCCCACUCAGCCACAGUAGGUCCUGAUGGUCAGGGUUGAAGCAGCCUCAAUUUAAAUGAUCUAAUUUGUGUUGAUGGAAGGGUACAACACUACAAUGAAUUAACCUUCCGCCUACUUUGAUUUUUACCCUACACUGCUUACUUCAGUUUCAUUUUUUAGGGUCACAUAUUUUUAUAUUGGAAAAUACAUUGUGUUUCCUUUUGUAGGUUGGACAUUUUAUUUAUUUUAUUUAGGAAAAUAGAUCUUUUAUUGGAUCGCACUAUCAAAAUAUAAAGUAAUUGCAGUGUUGGGGCUGAUGAUUAUAGAAUUCUCGGGGAUAAUGGAAGUAUAAAGUCUAGGGUUUCACAUGCUUCUUAGGCAUUGGGAGGUCCAAGGUUUGAAUCGCAAGCUAAACAUGGAAGAUUUCUUCGCAACAGACUUUUGAAAGAUAAUCCUAAUGAGCAAAGCAUAGUUGUAAAUCUUAACAAGUAAUUCAGAGUAUAGGUGGAGACAUAAAUAGUAUGUGAAAUGAAAUGACAAAGAGGGGUAAGUUUACUUAUAUUUAUCAUUCAAACAAUGAUUUCUGAGAAACUUUAUUGACAUACAUUACAUGUAGGUAAAUCUUUUUUUCAAAACCAAAACAGACGUUGCAAAAGCAUAAUAUAAGAGAUGGGGCAUUAAAAAAAAGAGCAAAUGCUGAUAGCAUUUAAAUGAAA